AGCCCUGGUUUGGCUUCGACAACAAAAACAAAAGAAGCACAUGUGCCGUGUGGCAACUAAAUAAAGAAAGACUGACCUUCAUCAUGUUCGAGGCUAAGGCUCUCAAUAAGUUCAAACCCACCCCGAUCGUUAAGCUCCCGCCCAAAUCUUCUCAGGAAACCUCACAAGAUAGCGUCUAUUGGAAAGGACUUCAGUUUCCGAUCUCGGUUCAGGAAUCGGGUCCGGUCAAGUGCUUGGAUAUCUGCCCCACUUCGCCUCAUUACAUCGCUGUCACAGGAUCAGCAAGAGUUCAAGUGUACAAUCCGGAGAGCAACAGUGUCUACAAGACUUUCACCAAAUUCAAGGAAGGCUCUUUUGGCGCCCGCUUCCGCUCCGAUGGCCAAUUGCUCGCGGCUGGAACCGAAGAUGGACCCGUCAAGAUGUUCGAUCUGGCCACCAAAACCCAGCUGAGGGCCUUCAAAGGCCACGGCCAAAGCGUUCAACGGGUGGACUUUCUAUCCGAUCUGAAACACGUGGUCUCGUUCUCGGAUGAUCAGACAGUACGAAUCUGGGAUAUCGCCACUGAAGAGGAAGUCACCAAGUUCGAGGGUCACAAGGAUUACGUAAGAGCGGGUUGUGCCUCCUCAAUCUCUCCGGAUAUCGUGAUAUCUGGCUCCUAUGACCAUACGGUCAAGUUGUGGGACAAGCGUCGAUCCUCAGACCAAUUCUGUUCCAUGACCUUCGACCAUGGAUCCCCCGUGGAAUCCGUUCUCCUCAUGCCCAAUGACGCUCUCCUCAUAUCGGCGGGUGGUCAUGAAAUCAAGAUCUGGGACAUAUUGGCCGGUUCCAAGCGACCUUUAAAGGUCUUGACUCCGCACAACAAGACCAUCACUUGUUUAGGUUUCUCCAACUCGAAAACACGAUUGGUUUCCGGUUCAUUGGAUGCGCAAGUUCGCUUCCAUGAUCUCACCGAUUUCAAGAUGGUCCAUGCCCUCAAGUUCCCCUCGCCAAUCCUCACCAUGGGCGUGGCACCUGAUGAUAGCUUUGUGGCCGCGGGAAUGACCGAUGGGUUGGUCCAAUUUCUCCAUCGGAAAGUGGAAUCCGAGGCCAACGAAUUGGAACAAAGGAAACUAUUGACCAAGAAAUCGGCUCAAUAUUACUUGAGAUUCACAGAGUUCACGCCCAAACCUGGGGAUAUCGUUGUCGAACCGUCUCAACGUGAGCAUGAAUGCAAGCACGACUAUUUCUUACGAAAGUUUGAGCAUGCCAAGGCCUUGGAUUGCGUCCUCAAGCCAUUUGUACUAACAAAGAAGCCUCAAUACGCCUACAGUGUCCUGGAGGAGUUGAAAAGACGCCAACGACUUAAAGCCGCCCUAGGGGGUCGCAAUGAAAAGUCCUUGACUCCUGUAUUACGGUAUCUUACGCGGUACAUCAACGACUACAGAUUCUCUGCUCUCCUGUGUGAAGUCUCUAGCCUUCUGUUAGAUUUAUACAUGGAUGAAUUGGGCAAGAGCCCAAAUAUUGACCGUUUGUUCGUAGAACUACGAAAACGAGUGGAUCGAGAGGUGAUCAAUAUCCAACAAUUACUCGGCCUUCAUGGGGCCCUGGAUAUGGUGAUGAAGGCCAGUUUAGCCUCAGAAAAGCCCGUCUUAAGAAUGGAGGAGUCCGCUUUCCGCCACGCCCACUUGACUCAAUCCAAGGAAGGUCAACAACAAUCGGCCACGCCACAAACGCUUUCCAAUUAUCCGAAUUUGACGUGGAACAAAGUGCUAUUGCAAUAAACAAAUAUCAAUUCCA